UAAUAUUUGUCGGCGCAGGGCUCUGACAAAAACGCUUGAAAUUUUAACAAACAUUUUCAUUUCUUCCAAAAUAUGAACAGUUUAAAUAUACCCACAGACUUUGGACCAGAUUCGGGAGGACGUGUUAAAGGCCUUACUAUAGUCAAGCCUAUUGUUUAUGGUAAUAUUGCUCGUUCGUUUGGUAAAAAACGUGAGGAAGAUGGUCAUACACAUCAGUGGAAAGUGUAUGUCAAGCCGUAUCACAAUGAGGACAUGUCGGUUUAUGUUAAAAAGGUUCACUUUAAACUGCACGAAAGUUAUGCCAAUCCCAAUCGUAUUGUUACAAAACCUCCCUACGAAAUAACCGAAACAGGAUGGGGUGAAUUUGAGGUGGUCAUUAAGAUUUAUUUUCACGAUCCCACCGAGCGUCCUGUCACCUGUUAUCACAUACUGAAAUUAUUUCAGUCUCCCAUAGUCGAUGGCGAAUUGUCUGCCAACACCACAAUGGACCCCAAAAAGGGUUUAGUUUCAGAAUCAUAUGAGGAAAUUGUUUUCCAAGAGCCCACACAGCUAAUGCAACAUUUUCUAAUGAAUGUGCAGCCCCUGACAAAUGGCGCCUAUACCCAUGAUACGGACUUUGAGGCCAAAAAACAAAAAACUUUAGAAAACAUUCUGGAUGUUAAACACAAAGUAAAAGGAGAAAUAAACACCUUAAAGGACAAACUAAAAUUAGCGCGAGAAACUAUAGCGAAAUUUAAAGCAGAAUUGGCAAAAAUACAAAAACCUCCAAAUACUUAAUGUUAGAUAAAAAAGAAAUAUAUAUUUGAAAAUAAUAUACACAAAAA